UACUCUUUCUUAUGUAUUCAGAGCAGGCAAGGUAUCUUAUAUGAUAUCCAGCUGCACAGCGUUUCAAAUUUCGAUUGCCAAAGUGAUAAAACUUACAAAACUCAGACAUGGGCUCUGUUGACGAAGAAAGAUCGCUUCUGGAACAGGGACUAACCCAGAAUGAAAGCAGUCAAUUGUACACAGGAGAUGGCUCUGUUAACAUUAAUGGGAAACCUGUUCUGAAGCAGAAUACUGGAAAUUGGAAAGCUUGCCCUUUCAUUUUGGGUACUGAAUGUUGUGAACGUUUGGCCUAUUAUGGGAUUGCCACUAAUCUUGUUUCCUAUCUUACCAACAAACUGCAUGAAGGAAAUGUAUCUGCUGCAAGAAAUGUUACCACCUGGCAAGGUACUUGCUAUCUAACACCUCUUAUUGGAGCCGUAUUAGCUGAUGCUUAUUGGGGAAGAUAUUGGACAAUUGCAGCGUUCUCCUCAAUUUACUUUAUUGGAAUGUGCACAUUGACCCUUUCAGCAUCAAUUCCUGCACUAAAGCCUGCUGAAUGUGUGGGUUCUGUAUGCCCUGCUUCUACUCCGGCUCAGUAUGCACUAUUCUUCUUUGGGCUUUAUCUUAUAGCCCUAGGUACUGGUGGUAUUAAACCUUGUGUUUCAUCCUUUGGAGCAGAUCAGUUUGAUGAUACUGACCCUAAGGAAAGAGUAAAGAAGGGGUCUUUCUUCAACUGGUUUUAUUUUUCUAUCAACAUAGGUGCUUUGAUAUCUAGUAGUUUUCUAGUGUGGAUUCAAGACAAUGCUGGGUGGGGUCUAGGAUUUGGAAUUCCUGCAUUGUUUAUGGGCAUUGCAAUUGCAAGUUUCUUUUCAGGCACUUCCCUCUAUAGAUUUCAACGGCCAGGGGGAAGCCCAAUUACAAGAAUGUGUCAGGUUUUGGUUGCUUCAUUUCGUAAGUGGCAUUUGGAGGUACCUAGAGACAGUAGUCUUCUUUAUGAAACUCAAGAUAAAGACUCCGCCAUUGCAGGGAGUAGGAAGAUCGAGCACAGUGAUGAACUACAAUGCCUUGAUAAAGCUGCUGUGAUUUCAGAUGCUGAGAUAAAAAGUGGGGAUUAUUCCAAUCCUUGGAUACUUUGCACUGUAACACAGGUGGAGGAAUUGAAAAUUUUAGUCCGUAUGUUUCCCAUCUGGGCUACUGGAAUUGUAUUUUCUGCUGUCUAUGCACAAAUGUCUACAAUGUUUGUGGAACAAGGGAUGAUGAUGGACACAUCAAUUGGUUCUUUCACCAUUCCUCCUGCCUCUCUUUCAAGUUUUGAUGUUAUCAGUGUUAUUUUCUGGGUCCCCAUCUAUGAUAAGUUCAUUGUACCUAUUGCAAGGAAGUUCACAGGGAAGGAGAGAGGCUUCUCAGAGUUGCAGCGAAUGGGAAUUGGCCUCUUUCUUUCAGUUUUGUGCAUGUCAGCAGCUGCAUUGGUGGAGAUUAACCGGUUAAGGAUUGCAAGAGAGCUUGGGCUGGUUGAUGAAGAUGUUGCGGUGCCAUUAAGUAUCUUUUGGCAAAUUCCUCAAUAUUUCUUGUUGGGUGCGGCUGAGGUAUGUACAUUCAUUGGGCAGCUUGAGUUUUUCUAUGACCAGUCUCCCGAUGCCAUGCGAAGCUUGUGCAGUGCAUUGUCGCUUCUAACGACAUCGUUGGGUAAUUACCUGAGCUCUUUCAUUCUGACGAUGGUAACAUACUUCACAACUAAGGAUGGAAAAACUGGAUGGAUUCCGGAUAAUUUGAACGAGGGUCAUCUUGAUUACUUUUUCUGGCUUUUAGCUGGACUCAGCUUCAUGAACAUGUUGGUGUAUGUUGUUUGUGCCAAGAAGUACAAGCAGAAGAAGGCUUGUUAACUUUUUAACAUGUUGCGGUCCUCAUUUCUUCAACAAGUUUUUAAUAGAAAUGGUGUUUACAGAAAAUCUGCAUCUUGUGCAGUCAGUUGAAGGUUCAAAAGGAUAAUGUAUGUAAAAUAAUAUUUGAAUAUUCUGCCUGUAAUAGCUACACGAAUCUUGUUAAUGUUAUCUGUUAUAAUGUUAAUAUAAUAUUUUAAGCGUGUUCCACA